CAAGUGCUGGAAAAUCCCAAAAACGGAAAUCAGAAACUCACAUCGUCUUCCGAAAGAGCCUGUGUAUCUCGGAACCUCUCUAUAGGAAGAGCCCUAGUUUGUGGAGAUCUUCUGCGAAUUGAUCGCCGAAAAUGGAGACGCAAAGGCGGGCGCUGUGUCCAGAGAACGAACAGCUGGUGGAGUUCAUGUGGAAGAAGCGGCAAGAAUUGGCCGACAGACCCAAAGGGAUUUCGGACAACAUUGACAUGACUCUUCAAAAGGCUUAUUCCAAUAUCUGCAACUCCAAGACCCCCAUUAGAACCCUCAAGGACUUCUCUCAUAUCAAGGGUGUGGGAAAAUGGAUCUUGAAGCUCUCACAAGAGUUUUUUGAGACUGAUUCUGGUGCUUCCGAACAUGAAGAUUUGACAAAAAAGGGGAAGAAAACACAAGGGGAUAAACGCUAUGUACCGCAAAAAAAUUCUGCAGCCUAUGCACUGUUGAUCACUCUUUACAGGGGGACCUUAGGUGGCAGUGAUUUUAUGCGCAAGCAGGAGAUAAUUGAUGCUGCUGAAGCAAGUGGGCUUUCUCGGGCACCAAUUAUGGCAGAAAAGGGCAAAGGAAAGCCUGGACAAUUUGGAAGCUCUCCAAGGGACUGGUAUAGUGGAUGGAACUGCAUGAAGACGUUAAUAACUAAAGGAUUGGUUGUAAAGUCUAGUUGCCCUGCAAAAUACAUGCUGACCCAUGAAGGUCAGGAAGUUGCCCGUGAAUGUCUAUUGAGAUCUGGUCUGGUUGAUUCAACUGAAAACUGGACCAACGCAGUGAAUCUUCCAACUACGGCUACAAACAACAGUUUGAAUUUAGACUUUUCUCAUGCUGAUAUGGCUAAAGAAGUGACUCUGAGAUCUGCCAAUUGUAGUUUGCAGAAGAAUCUAAUGGAUGUUCCCCCUGAAUCUAUUGAUAAGUUGCAGCGGAUGGGGUACUCUAAGGAUCAGAUACUUUGUGCUUUUGCUGAAGUUUCAGAAACAUCUCAGAACAAGGAGAUUUCUUCACCAUGGCUGGCUGUUCUUUGUCGGCUUCGAGAGGAGCAAGUUUAUGGCUUACCUUUGGCAUCUCACAAGGCUUCAAGAGAGGAUUUUCCUGUCAAAUCACCAUCCAGAGAUGGUGAAAAAGAUGUUAUAGUGACUGAGAAUAGUCAGGUGGAAUCUGAUUGCAGAGGUGCAUUACGUGCAAACUCUGCAUUGGUUACUGCUCAGAGCUCCUUCGCGUUGAGAGCUUGCUCAUCAACUGAUUACCGUGUACAUAAGCAAGGCUCAGAUGGUGUAGAGGCUAACAUAAAUAUUUUAGCAAUGCCACCUCUAAGAUUUGGAGAGAGCUUUGAGGAAGCUUAUGAUGUAAUUUUGGUUUUGGAUGACAGAGAGCAAUUUGCUACUCAAGGGUCUCGCUCAAGGAAAAUCAUUGAGAACAUUUGCAACCAAUUCAAAAUUAAAAUUGAGGUUAGACGACUGCCUGUUGGAGAUGGAAUCUGGAUAGCUCGGCAUAAAAAUCAUGGGUGUGAAUAUGUUCUCAAUUUUAUUGUUGAGAGAAAGAAAGUUGAUGAUUUGCGCUGCUCAAUCAGGGACAACCGUUAUAGGGAUCAAAAACUACGGCUUUUGAGAUGCGGACUGAAGAAACUGAUAUAUGUGGUGGAAGGUGAUCCGAAUUCCUCAGAAGCUGCUGAAAGCAUCAAAACAGCUUGUUUCACAACAGAGAUUUCAGAAGGAUUUGAUGUGCAGAGAACAAGUGGCUUGGGUGAUACAUUGAGGAGAUAUGGUUAUCUUACUCAAGCCAUAACUCACUACUACAGAUCAAAGUACUGUGAAGACAAACAGAAUAGCUUGCAAGUCUGCCCCUCUUUUGAUGAAUUUAUCAGAAGGUGCCAAGACUUGGAUAAGAUGACUGUCAGUGACGUAUUUGCCAUUCAACUCAUGCAGAUUCCACAGGUCACAGAGGAGGUUGCCAUUACUGUUCUGGAUUUGUACCCAACAUUGCUAUCUCUUGCUCGUGCAUACUCUUUACUUGAUGGUGAUAUUUCUGCACAGGAAGAAAUGCUGAAGAAGCAGAGUAACAACGUGAUAAAUGCUGCUGCAAGUAGAAAUAUAUUCCAACUUGUUUGGGGGAGCUGACUGUAUAUUGUGCAAUGCAAGGAUGCUUGUGGAUAGUGUUAUGUACAGUUUAAUCAGAGUAGAUGAUUAUACAGUCAGGUAUUUGCUAAUUUCCCCUGUUCAUUUUUCUAUCACUGUCAUUAAAAUAGACUUGCUUGUAUGUCACUCUACCUCUCGUUCCCUCUGGUGAAUGCUCAAAUUACUACCAUACAAAAGUAAAGAAAUGGAAGGAGAUGGUAAAAAAUAGUUAUUGUGGCAUUAUGGCUUGAGCAGCAAAAGGAAAAUAACCAACAUGGGCUGAGAAAACUCAGAAGAAGCAACAAAGAAUGGCCAUUGCAGAUUGGUUUUUUUGGUGGUUUGUCUAUCUUUAUCGUGGUUUAUGUGAAAAUAUUCGCUUUGUUUAUCUAGUUUUUUGCUUUCAAGCUAGUUCUGCAUCAAUGCUUUGUACCACUUUGCCCUUCAAGUGUUUGAUAGAUUACUUCAUGGAAACUCAAGUAUUUGAAACCAGAGUGGCAUUUGAGUUGAGCCAAGGUGGAGAUUCUAGAUCUCUGUUUAUUGUCCAUCUUGAUGCUCUACAGAUCCUAUCAAUAAUAUUGCCAAACAAUAUCAAUGGCAUAUCACGCAAUGUCCUGGGUGAAGUUGCUGCAUCAAUUAGUGUAGCAACUGUUUACCUGAUGAAGACAAUAUUUCUUAUUCUAAAACCAAUGUGAUGACUCAUAUUUUGCCUUCAACUUUUAUAAUGCUAUUACACAUUAUUUACAGAAUUCAACUCUCUCCCUCUCUCUUGUACUUCAGCUUUUGGUGAUUCGGAAGCUAUCUUCAACUUUUCUUGUAUUUGCAUUCACAUACUGCCAACAUGAAAGGAAGGUAAUUUAGCACAUGAUGGUCAAUAUUUUUGUGGUUGAGAAAUAAAUUAAAGUUCAUGGUGAUAAGAAGUCAAAAUGUACAGAAUUGCACAGUUUAAUUACUAUCUGUUGUUAAUUUAAAAUGAGCUGUAGGAGGAAUUUAUGGACUACUAACCUCUACUCUCAAAUCUUCUCUUGUGGCAUGUACUCUUAUGUACCCAUAUUUGGAAAUCCUUGCCAAACUCCAGCUAUCAGCCUGCCGGCAAGUGACAAUUCACUUAAAACUACACUGAUACAUUUAAGCACAUUACCUACAUGUACAUUUAGGGUGGGCGAUUGUUUUGGGGUUCAAAUAUGGAAAAAGAUCUCCUGCCUUGAUUGCAAAAAGGUUCUUAUGCCCAGGAGAUGUCCAACGCAGUAUCUCCAUAUACACUUGAAGGAAAUUGAUAAACAUGAAGAACUUUUGUAUACAAUAUUGUUUACAUAUGAUAUUGAUGUGUUGUAUUCUAUUUUCAAUUUUGUUUAUACAGCAAUUAUUCAUAUCUAAAUCAGUUAUUUGGUUGAUAAGUUUCUUUACUAACUUCACUAUUUGAUUGUGUUUUUAUGUACACAUAUGAUUGAUGUAGAAGAAUUGUAAGUUGACACACUUGGGUAGCAGACGGUUCUUAUUAUUCAAAAAGACAGAAAAAUCUUUAUCAGUUUGAUAACUUACAUUAUUUGGAAAUGAGUCCAGAGAGAAUCCAGCCAUUCCAAUGACGGCAUGAACUGGGGCCGUGUAGUUGGAGUUAUGAUAUCACACUUACCCAGUAAAAAUUAGCCACGGAGUUGUGGAUCGAUCAGUGGAAGCCAUGUCGUUGUUCAUCCAGUCAUACUGUCAAGACCCACAAACAAAAAUGUCAAAAAUUAUAUAUGGUGGCCUCAGAAGGAACAGCAGCGAUGAUUACGCUUCAUUUUUACCUGUUCGGAGCCUUUAGACCAGUCAUGCUCCGUUGAGAUUACAGUGAUGUGUACACUGCCUUGUUCUAUAGAGUACCAUGGCUUGUCCUUUGCUGCUGUUGGCAUCGGGAAAUAAGUCUCGUAAGGAACUCCACAUUCUCCACCUGAGUCUGGAGUGACAUACACCGAUCCGCUAUCCGCGUAAUCCCUGAAAAAUCAAGUGCUUAAUGACUACUGACAAUGUGAUUUGUUAAUAGCCCAGCUGCAGGGCUAUUACCUAUUAGGUUAUUUGUUUGUAUGAGGAGGAUAAGAUGGCUGACCUCUCAUGGUUGCCAAUGGCUGUCAUGUAGGAAACUUUGGAAGCCACAGGGCUGAUGAGGUGCAGGAAGAAGUCCCAUUCUACUAGAAAUCCAGUGGCAUAGCUUAUGUCUCCAAUGUGGAAGAUGGAAUCCACAUUCCCAGAAGCUACCUCAUCAGCCAUGGCUUUCAUCACUGAUAGUGAUCCUGGCUAUAUGAAACAAAACUUAUAACCUUGGCCAUAUUGAUUCGAUUGGAUUGGAUCACUGAUAGUAAUCCAAUGUUGAGAUUACGUUUUUUGAUUUUAAAAAACGUGGGAGUUUUCAGGAACACUUACUAGAGAUACACUAAUGAAAUGCACUCUCUAAAUUGUGUGUGUGUUUUAUUUUUUGAUUUUAUUCUUGUAGUUAUAAAGAAUGUUGAUGUAACCUGAAUGUAGUGCUCAGCAGAAGCGUC